GCUCGCUGUGUUACCGACUCGGCCCAAAUGUCAAAAAGUGAACAAUGGCGUCUAAUUUCAGUGUGCCCGUUGUUAUAUGCCGCGUUCCCUGUUGAUUUCAGAUGCCUCACCGUUGGCCCCGUCUUAGUUUUCGUGUUUACUUUCGAACAUUAAGCAAGUGAGAGCCCAAUUUCAGCCCAGCAUCGAGAUCAACUUCACUCGAGGCUUGAUUUGCGGUUCCGUAGGAUGUCGGAGGGAGGGAACGGGCCGGAGGCCCAGCCCAGCAGUCCCGACAAGGCCCCCUCGAGAGUAGUGGUGAGCGAGUCGGAGAUGGGGGCCCUCAGCGCCGCGGAGUGGUGCGGCCGGUGGAGGCAGCAGGACGCGUACAUCGCGGCCCUGGAACGGCGCCUGGCGCAGCAGGAAGGCGAACUAGAGGACCUGCGCCAGACCACGGACAAGACGAGAAACCAACUCAACGAGUCCCAGCAACGGGAACGGGUGUUGAUGAGACGCUUGACUGCCAAAGAGCAGGAGACGCAGGACUACGUGUGCCAAUUGAACGAACUGAAAAGUGCCCAAGCCCCCUCAGCCCUUCGUUCAACUCUGCUCGAUCCUGCCGUGAACUGCAUCCUCCAGCAGUUGAAAACCGAACUCCAAUCCACCCGUUCCGAGCUUGAAGACACCAAGAACGAACUGACAGCGUGGAAAUUCACCCCCGACUCGAACACCGGCAAACGCCUGAUGGCGAAAUGCCGCCUCCUGUACCAGGAGAACGAGGAACUCGGCAAGAUCACGAGCUCCGGCCGCAUAGCGAAACUCGAGAGCGACUUGGCGUUGCAGAAGAGCUUCUCCGAAGAGGUGAGACAGAGCCAGAACGAGCUGGACGCGUUCCUGGCCGACCUGGACGAGGACGUCGAGGGCAUGCAGAGCACGAUCUUGUUCCUCCAGACGGAGCUGCGAAAGACGAAAGAGAGCGCGCAGGUGCUGCAGAAGGAGAACAGUACGCUCAAGUUGGCCAAUGGGAGGUCGAACGGUGACAGUGUGUGUGAACAGGAACGGACGGACUCGGACUCCGAGGCGGAGAGGACUACAUGUGUGAAACGCGUUCGAAGGUCGUCCGUCCUCAGUAUCGACUAUAACGAGGACGACGCCCUCGUCAUCAGCACGAACGGUGACGUUGCGAUGGCCUCUGAUCCAGAAUAGUGGUUCCUACGAGGCAUUCGCCCACGCCAGCGUCGUGCAUCGGGUGGAAGGUGCACGACGCCGGGAGUGAGUGAGCUGAGAUUAACCCAACUAUAACACUUAUAAACUGACGAACAGUAUAUUCAAAUUGUAUAUAAAUAUACUAGCCUAAUGUGGUUGUUUGAAAUUGUGAACUUCAAUCAUUAUUACAAAAUUGUGUUAAUCACUGCAGUGCAGUUGCAGAUUUUUUUCUAAGUAGUUUUGGCAACAAUGCAAUAUUUUAUUAUUUUUCCUAUCUCCCAUUCUGUUAUCAAGGUGCGCUUUCUUUUAUCCAUUUGUUCGCGUUUUAUUCAAAAGUUCAUUUGAUCGACUCUGUUUUAAAUUUGUCAAAUUGUAUAAUUUUUUAACGUUUUUAUGUUGAAAGUUGUAUUUAUAAAAUAAAACAAAAAUUAUAUCACUUAUUAUUGA